ACCACCAGUGCCCACCGACACCACAGCCCAUCUUUUCAGCACCACUGCUCCCUCUGGGCUCUGGCCGAGCACUGCUUGUGACCCAGAUAUUAUCUCAAGCGAUUCAGAAGACUGGGAGCAUUACACAGAAUAGGAAGGAAGAGCCUAUUGAGGAAGUAGCUCUUCACUGCUGAAGUUCAAAGUUGUUGUUAAAUGCAGUAUUUCAAUAAAUGUUUCUCUGUCUUGACUUUGCUGGUUGCUGGAACUAAGAAAGCCUUGGGUAUCUCAGCCCUUUGUGGGUUGCCAGAUGCCACAUGCAGGUCAGCAGUGACCCACACAUCAGCUGUCUGUGCCUGCUGGACAAGGCAGGAUUGUGAGAGCUUCCAGGCACCACAAAAUCAUCACUGCCUAUGUCACAGAAAUCUGCUUACCUCUUCCCAACCCCUUCUGCUUUUUGUCAGAUGUGGACUUGUUGUGUUGUUGGGUUGGGUUUUUUUGGAAACAAAGAAUGCUUAUAAAUUAUAAUGUCUAUAAAAUGCUUUUAUAAACAUGACAUCUCUUGUAUAUCCUAGAUAUGAAUGUAGGAGCCACGAAAACAGUCAGAAGGAAUGUAGGAGAAAACUAAAGUUUAUUUAUAUGUUUGCUGUUACCCAUUAACAGCAUAACGGUGUAUUCAUUAAUUGUAAUGGGUUAUCUUUCUAUCUGAGCAGAAAGAUAAUUAUCAACAUAUGAAUCAGCAGCAAAAUAUUUACAGUGAAAAUGAAUGUCAAGGCUCUAGCAUUUGUACCUGACAAGGGUACCUCACUGAAGUGCUGCUGAGACAUGCUCCUUCAGGCUCUGUGUCAAUGAAGCAUCUGGAGAGCCAAAGGAGUGUCUGAGUGGAUCUGCCCAAGGAGGAGGGAGGGACAACUGCUCAGGAAUUGUGUAUUUUUGUAUCCUGAAGUAGUAAAAGCAUGCAGAAAGUUAAUGGAAAGGUCUUGCAUGUCUUGUGUCAGAGAAGCCAUUCUUCUGAUACCAUUAUGUAAUGAUGGCAUUCCAGAGAAACUGGAAGGUGAACUAUUUUAUUGCUUGGUCUCUCCUGUGAAUGCUAAAUUCUAUCUUGUUUGGAACUUACUGCAGAACAUUGUUCUUAACAGAACAAUAUUUAUUUAGACUUACCUCAUUAUGGUUUCUGUUAGAUUUAUACUUAAAGCUAAUUAUUUUUUAUAAACUAGAUGGAAAAACAGGUGAAACCUCAGUUUCUCCAAUGUUUUUACAUGCUACACCCACACCUGUACAAAAGAGUGAUUGUUACUGUUGUUGCAAGUCCUACUUACCUUUAAAGGAGAGAUGCUUUAUAUCUGCAGCAAAAAGGCAUUUCCUCUAGUGAUAACAUGUAAGAAGUUAUUUGGAAAAGAUGUUUCUGAACUGAUCUUUUCUUGGGAAAGAUCUGGGAGAGGACAGAAUGUUAGUUCUCACCAGGUUACUUGCCUUCUCUGACACCCUGAUGAGCUGUAAGCCAUAGGGUUAAGAAGAAACAAAACCUCCCAUAUAUUUGCAAUGAUCAGGCUAGGAAAUACUUGUGUUGGAAUAUCUUGGAAUUUUGUUUUUCAAAGGGUUUUCCUUGAAAUCAAGUGAAUAAUUUAGUCAAUGUACAGAAAAGUACUUUUGUAGUUAUUCAGAAACAGUUCAUAUAAUUUUCAUUCUCUUUUUCAACCUUAUGGUUUUCUGUGUGUCUCAGUAAGUGGUAUAGGUUUUACAUCUGGUAAAAUGUUUCUAAAAGCAAACUAUUAAUGGCUAAGUAAAGGUGAGAUUGUGUCAGGAAGAGAGGUCUUCUAAGUCCAUUUAAUGAUCAUGCCUUGUUUGUUGAAUCUACUUAAUGGUUCCAUGUGACUUCCCUGACAUCAUCAUAAAGCCCUGUUGAGCUUCGUUCUCCUCGCAGCAAAACCAGGGAAGUAGUGCCUAUCUGCCUCACAGCUUGUGUGGGUUAGCCUUAAGUGCCAUGAAAAAAGCAGUGAAGGUGCUCAAUGAAUGCAUAGAAUUAUGUGCUACAUACAAUUUACAUAUGAGAUCCAUUGGUAUCCAUUUUAUUGCUGGGGAAAAGCAUUUGUCAUGUAGUCACCUUAUAAAUGAACAUGAUCUUUACCUAUGCUAUAUUUAUUAAUACUAAUGUUGUUUGGUCUGAUGUGUGCUACUGUAUUAUUUGUUCGUUGUAUUUAAAAUCUGGCUGUCUGGCAGGAUCUCAGUGAUCUCCUUUUGGCUGUUCAUCAUGGUGGACCCAAGUGCUUCUCUUGGAAAUACACUGGUUUGUAAGGCACUUUGGAGCAUUUCUGCUGGGCUGGGUAGCAGGCCAGGGACUGCAAUAGUGCAGAUUCAGCUCCCUCUGGCACAGCUGUGUAGUGAUUGUGUCAUAUAAGCAAGGUGUGUGAAUGGCAAUACUGAAUUAAGAUUAGCAUUGUCUGCAGCAUGGGGGUUAACGUGGCCUCCUUCAUCAAGGAAAUAAUUAUUUUCACUGCUUUGAGAAAAUUGCCUUAAAAAAAAAUGAAUCUAGUGUCCAACAGAAUAUAUGGAUGCUUGUUGUUUUUACUUUGAUUAAAAAUGCGUUGUGCAAUGUAUUAGGUGCAGUAUGGUAGCCAAAUUCUACUUCAAACUGUGAUGUACAGUUUUAAUGACAGUUCUGCAAGGACCAUUCACUGUGUAUUCUUUCUCUUCUUUAUACAGGCAACACUUAAUGAAGUAUACACAUUACUAAUGUCCAUCCUGCAGAGAAAUGAGCUGUGAAAAAAUUCAAGCAAACAUGUUCCAACUGUUCAUACAAAGGAUUGCAUAAGUCACACAUUGUGUUUCCACAAAACUUUCCCCACAAUUUGCUGCUGCUCAGCAUGUACUUCACUUACUUUCCUCCAACUAAAAUUUGCAAACAGACCAGAUUUCCAGUGCUAACAGAGAUUUGGAGCCACGUGUUCCAGGAAUGGCUGGGUAUGCCACACCGAUACAAUAUAAAGGCAACGUUAAUCACCUUCUCUCUCACUUUUUAAUAGCUCCCUUCCAUGGUUCUCAUUCUCCCUCACUAGAGACUGGAGAUUAAAGGAACUUUACUAUAUUUCAAAUACAGUUUAAUCAAUUAAGAUGGAUCUCCUUCAUAGCAAUGGAGUGCUUAUCAUUCAGCAUUUACAGAGAGACUACAGGGCUUACCAGGAUUUCCUUAAUUUUAUGUCACAUGUUGGAGAUCCUCGGAAUAUAUUCUCAUUUUAUUUUCCUCUUUGGUUUCAGCUCAACCAAGUGGUUGGUACUAAAAUGAUAUGGGUGGCAGUCAUUGGUGAUUGGUUCAACCUGAUAUUUAAAUGGAUUUUAUUUGGCCAUCGUCCCUACUGGUGGGUGCAUGAAACAAUGAUUUAUCCCAAUCAGUCAAGCCCAUGCCUGGAACAGUUUCCUAUAACAUGUGAAACUGGACCAGGGAGCCCAUCUGGACACGCCAUGGGAUCUUCCUGUGUCUGGUACGUAAUGGUAACAGCAGCACUUAGCUACACAGUGAGGUGGAAAGAGAAAUCAGCAGUUACUCUUCAUAGACUGACAUGGUCAUUACUCUGGACUAUUUUUUGGAUUAUCCAGAUCAGCGUGUGCAUCUCAAGAGUAUUCAUAGCAACACAUUUCCCUCAUCAAGUUAUUCUUGGAGUAUUUGCUGGAAUUGUUGUGGCAGAAGCAUUUGAGCAUACUCCUGCUAUUCAGACAGCAAGCUUGAGAAUGUACAUCAAGACAAACUUGUUUCUUUUCAUCUUUGCCCUUGGUUUUUACCUAGUCCUCAAGCUUCUUGAUAUUGACUUGCUGUGGUCUGUCCCAAAGGCCAAGAAGUGGUGUGCCAAUCCAGACUGGAUAAACAUUGACACAACUCCAUUUGCUGGACUGGUGAGGAAUUUAGGUGCAUUCUUUGGCUUAGGUAUUGGUAUUAAUUCAGAAAUGUUCAUCACCAGCUGCAAGGGUAAAAACAGCUGUAAGAUAAGUUUCCGUGUAUUGUGCAUAGCUGCUUCUUUAGCUACACUACAGCUGUAUAAUUUUGUUAAGAUACCUACUCAUACUGAGUAUUUGUUCUACAUUCUCUCUUUUUGUAAGAGUGCAGCUAUGCCUCUGACUGUAGUCGCCUUGGUUCCAUACUGUGUCCACACGUUAAUGAGGACAACUGAUAAGAAAUGUAAUUAGAUAAGGUUUCCAAAUGGUUGCCAGUGCAAGGAUAUGAACUACUCAAGAGCCCUCCACAAAGGCAUGGUUAACUCAUGUUAACCAAGGGGGAUGCCACCGCACCUUUGAUGUGCUCCUGGUAAGUAGCCUGUAUAUCCCAAAUCAGUGCAUUCAAGAAUGGUUUGGCAGCUCAGAAAUAUAAAGUAGUUGCUGACUUUAUUCCUAGAAGCAUUGCAAUGAAGGACGCUGCAGUAUGGUUUUCUAACAAUACUCUGAGUCAUGCUGAAGUUUUAAAGUAUUAUUGGCUAGCUUUAUUUAGCUACUUGGUCAUCUUUUAGUUCAUUGCCAACUAGAUGGUGCUUUGGGCCUCAGUGGUAUAUAGUGGUACACAGUAUUUAAUUUUUUUAUAUGUAGAUGUGUGCUAAACUGCUAGCUAAUGGAGUGACAGUAUUACACCACCUACAGCUGUCCCCGAGCACUGUGAAAAAGACCAAUGCAGUUAUCGGGAAGGAUUUCUAUAGGUCUAUCUUCUUGUGCUUCCUGAGCUAACAGCUUCUGCUUAAGCCAGAUGCAAAAAAAAAAAAAAAAAAAAAA